AUUGAGGGUGGAUUCAUUUCUCAGAGCGUAAGGGUUUGUAAUCUCGCUGUUGUGUGGUUCUUCCUUGACUUGUGAUGACGUAUAAGGAUUGUCCUGCAGAGAAAAGGGGACAGAGGCGCCUACAAAUCUGCCACUUCAUCAGGCAUUGGAUUAAGCAGUUCCGAAUCAUGUUUGAGGUGGAUCCCCUGUUAGAAGAAGUCAUAAGAGAUCUCUGGGCUCUAGUCAGGAGUGAGGGGACCAGUUCACCCAAUCAUCUCUUCAUUACACCAUACAUUAAUCCUCCAGUGAAUGUUUCCCAGACUCCCUCUCCCUCUGUGAAGAAGAGGAAAGUUUCACUGCUGUUCGACCACAUGGAACCAGAUGAGAUGGCUGAACACCUCAGCUACCUGGAGUUCAAAAACUUCUGCAACGUCUCAUUUCUGGACUACCGCAGUUACGUGGUCCAUGGCUCUGUGAGGUAUAAUCCGGCGCUCGAGCGCUCUGUCAUGCUCUGCAACGGAGUCUCCCAGUGGGUCCAGCUCAUGAUCCUCAACAAACACACCUCACAGCAGCGAGCAGAGGUCUUCACCAAGUUCAUUCAUGUAGCACAGAAGCUGAGAGCUCUACAGAAUUUCAAUACUCUGAUGGCGGUGAUAGGAGGUCUGUGUCAUAGUUCCAUCUCUCGGCUCAAAGACACAGCCAGCCUGCUGUCCUCUGAUGUCACAAAGACUCUCAGUGAGCUCACAGAACUGCUGUCAUCCUACAGCAACUAUUCAAACUACAGGCGCGUGUACAACGACUGCACUGGAUUCAAGGUGCCCAUCUUGGGCGUUCACCUCAAAGACCUGAUCUCCCUCAACGAAGCAUUGCCAGACUACCUUGAGGACGAUAAGAUCAACCUGGGGAAAAUGCAGCAUUUAUACAGCAACAUUAGUGACUUGUUGGCCAUCCAUGACUGCACCCCACCGUUUGAGGCCAACAAAGACCUGCUGCACCUGCUAACGCUCUCGCUAGACUUGUGUUACACGGAGGACGAGAUAUAUGAGCUCUCCUACACCAAGGAGCCCAAGAACCCCAAAAUUCAGCCCGUAGCUCCAGUGAAGCCCCCAGUGGUAGCCGAGUGGGGAUCAGGAGUGACUCCGCGUCUGGAUCCCGACACCAUCUCGAAACACGUUAAACAGAUGGUGGAUUCUAUCAUGAAGAAUUAUGACUUGAACAUGGACGGAUACAUUUCUCUGGAAGAUUUUGAGAAGAUCGCUGCAAAUUUCCCCUUCUCUUUCUGCACACAUGAGAGCGAUAGGGAAGGAGAAAUCAGUAGGGAGGAAAUCACUUCAUAUUUCAUGCGUGGGAUGUCGGUGUGUGCUAAGCUUGGCUUCAACCUCCACAACCUUCACAACUUCCAUGAGACCACAUACAAAAGACCCACAUUCUGUGACACCUGCGGAGGAUUUUUAUGGGGAGUCAUAAAACAAGGCUACCACUGUAAAGACUGUGGUGUAAACUGUCAUAAGCACUGUAAGGAUGUGGUGGGAAUGGAGUGUAUGAAGAGGUUCCAGGUGACCAGUAGCUCUUGUCCCUGCACCCCGGGCCCUGUAUCAGGGCUCCACACUAAGGGCAGCAGCUGGAGUUCUGAAGAGGAAACAUUUGUCUUUCCUAAUGGAAAUGGAUCUGAACACUCCAAGGGCCAAACUUCAUCAGACAGCGACGCAGAGGCAGCCACACUAUCAGACAGGUCCACUCAAACAGACCCAGGAGUUUGGACACCGGUGGCCAAACGGAAAGAUCGCCUUCCUUCCCAGAAAAAACGUCCACCCCUUGAAAAGAGUGCUACACUACCAGCAAGGGUGCGAGGUUCAUCUGCCCCUAGUUCUCUCCUACAGGAGAAAAUGGAUGAACUGAAGCUGAACAAAGAUAAACGAAAGGAACCAGACUGAACUAGUAUGUGCAUGUGGCCGUUUGUUUGUGUGUGGUGGAACUGUUAAAUACACUGGACAGAAAAGACUGAACAAUAUGUCCUCAUCUUUCUCGCCAAUUGUCUUGUUCUAUUGUCUUCAACAGAUUGUUCAUGACGUUCAUUAAAUGUGAUGAAAUUCUAGCCAGAAGGAAUUUUAUUUAAGGAAUUAAAGCUCUUUAAAACCCUGUUGGUGGAUCUGUAUGGUAAGAACUCUCUAUGCACCAGCGUCAACUGCCAGUGAAGACCAGAUCAAUGGACCUCACAUCUCCACAAGUACUCAAAAGUGGACUGCUACAUCUUCGAUCUCACUACCACUCAUCUUUAUAUGAGACAGAAGAACUAUCUUACCUUUAUCACGGAGAGCGAGUACAAAACUGUUGCCUUAAUAUUCACACUGAUGGAAAAUAUACACUGUGAACAACUGUAUAGAACUUGAACAGCAAGAAUGUACCUCCUCUGUUAAGGGACGUGAUUUCGGUGCUGAUAUAAUACCCACAAUGCAUCACUGUGCCUUAUGUAAUGAACAAUUCAUUGAGCAGGAGACAAGGGGUGUUAUAUCACUGUUUAGAUCAAACAAUAGUCUUGUCUCAGUUCAAAAUGAUCACAGUCUGCUUUGUUAGUGCUCGUGUCCAUUCGGUGUAUUCGAGCACGAGCAUUAAUGAAAAAGAACGGGAGAGUGACAUUAAGGGUCAAUUCAAACAAACACUGUGGACCUAUUUUAAUUUGUUUUUCUAAUAUGUUUUCGGUUCGAUCUUUUGUCAACUCCAACUUGAAUGUCUGUUUUACUAAAUCUUGAGUUUAGGCUAUAGAUUUUUAUUUAUUGAGGAAUGAUAAAGCUUAAGUAUUUUCCACAAAGCACUGUCUGAUGUGAUUAAAAUAUGAAUGGAAAAGCGA